AUGCUGUCCUGCGAUGGCAAGUUCGGUCCUCGGGUCGACACUGCCUGUCGCUCCUUCGACUUUACCCUCUACUUUGAAGACGUCGUCCUCAGCGCAGUCCCGAAUUCCAUCUUCAUCCUCCUUGCCAUAAUAUCCUCAAUUGUUUUACUACGCCAACAAGGAAUUGUCAAAAGCUCUACUUUGCUUGGCGUCAAAUUGGCUGUCUUCUCCAUCCUCUUCGUCUUUCAAGCCACCUUUCUCGGUCUUCGAGCCAAAAAUGAAGUCCUCAAUACGAGUGCUUCAACUGCUGCUGAUGCGCUGUCGCUGAUUGCCACUUGCGCGGCAGUCGCUUUGUCGUGGCUACAGCACCAUCGGUCCGAGCAGCCAUCCACGACACUCACUCUGUACCUGUCCGCGCUUGUUCUGCUGGACGUAGCCCGAGUUCGUACUCUUUGGCUCAUCCCCGAGAGCUCGGCAGCAGCAUCCAUGAGAACGAUCGCUUUGCUGCUCACAGCUGCUGUCCUGGUGCUCGAGUCAACCGGCAAGAGGGCCAGCCUGCGACAGCCCGAGAAGCUGGCCCAUUCUGGCCCGGAACCGUUUAUCGGGUUCUGGGGCAUCACCGGAUAUGUUUGGGUUCUCGGCACACUGUCUCGUGGCUACAGGAACUAUCUCUGUGUCGAGGACCUCCCUGAGCUUGACUAUCGCAUCUCCGCAGACAGACUGCACAAGGAACUACAGAGCAACUUAAAGAAGGCCAAUUUGUUCAAGAAGAAUGCAUUUGUAGCGGCUUGCGGCCGCGCCUUUGCUUGGUCGUUUAUUUCGGCCGUCAUCCCGCGCCUCUUCCUCAUCGGCUUCAAGUUUGCGCAGCCAUUUAUGAUCAACAACGUGCUCGAAUUCAUCGGCAACAAGAAUGCACCCCAAAACAUUGGAAACGGACUCAUUGGAGCCUAUGCUCUCGUCUACGCAGGCAUGGCUAUAUCCAUGGCGCUGUAUCGUUACUAUUCAAACCGAUUCAUCAUCAGACUUCGUGGCGGCUUGAUUUCCGUCAUCUACCAACAGACAGUCGCGGCUCGCGGUAUUGACCUUGGCGAUAACGUCGACGGGCUGGCGUUGAUGGGCGCCGACGUGGAGCGGAUCUCGAGCAGUUUCCGGACGAUUCACGAGAUUUGGGCGGCACCCAUUGAAAUUAUCAUUUCUGUAUAUCUUCUCGAGAGACAAAUCGCUGUGGCCUGUAUUGUUCCAGGUCUUCUCGUUCUCUCUUUCGUCUGCGCGACCUUCUUCAUUGCCUCCCUCGCCAAGAAGUACCAAAGAGCAUGGAUUGAAAAGGUUGAAGAACGGCUUCGUCUUACGACCAAUAUGCUGGCCAAUAUGAGGACGGUCAAGAUGCUAGGUCUCAGCUCCAGCAUGUUCUCCGUCAUAUACAAGGCCCGAGAGGUCGAGAUUGAGAAUUCCACCCGGUACCGGUGGACCUUGAUUGGACAAAUAUUCUUCUCGAACUCUCCCCUGAUGUUUGCGCCUGUCGUGACAUUCAUCGUCUUUGUCGCCAUUGCGAAUGCCCGCCACGAUAAUUCAUUUCUAGCCGCCAAGGCAUUUACGUCCUUGUCCCUGAUUGCGCUGCUGACGGAGCCUACUCUCAUGUUUAUUCAAGCCAUCCCCAGCGUCUACGAAUGUCUCAGCAGCUUCGAUAGGAUGCAGGAAUACUACCGCCAGCCCGUGCAUCCCGGUCUGCUGUCUCGAGACGACGAGGCCAGCGUCACCGAAAACAAGACAUCCGAAAUUUCUCUGCAUACCCUCCACGGCCAGAUGGCUGCCCCUGGAGAGCCUAUUGUAACGUUUCUCGACCAAAACUUUGCCUGGGAAAAGUCAGGCCCGGCCGUGCUCCAUAAUCUCAAUGCCUCCAUCCUCAAGGGACGCUUCACUGUUAUUGUUGGUCGCACCGGCAGCGGAAAAUCCACGCUGCUUGAGAGUAUUCUCGGAGAGACGAUGGAUCUCGGCGGCCGUACUGAGCGCAAAUUUGCUUCUGCUGCCUACUGUUCCCAAGUGCCGUGGCUGGUGAACGGGAGCCUCAAGAGCAACAUCACUUAUGGUUUGUCAGAUGCAGUGGACGAGGCAUGGUAUGAGACGGUCGUCGCGGCAUGCGGACUGGAAAACGACAUUAACAGUCUAGCUGGUGGUGAUCUCGCCGAGAUUGGAAAUGGAGGAGGCAAGCUGAGCGGAGGUCAGCGGCAGCGAUUGAGUCUGGCACGCGCCGUCUACUCAAGGGAGCAGGUCAUUCUGCUGGAUGAUGUCUUCAGCGGCGUUGACAAUGCUAACAUUGCCCACAUCUCAGAAAGUCUAUUUGGCUCUGACGGACUUUUGCGCAGGAACGGCUCGACGGUUGUGCUCGUCACGCACUCCAAGUACCUCAUGAUGAUGGCAGAUGACGUGCUGGUUGUCGAUCAGGGCAGGAUUGUUGAAUCGCGGACGGUAGCAUCGCUACAGUCGAGAGACGGUUUCUCUUCUGGCUUCCAGAUUGAGGAAUCUACUGACGACACUGAGGACGAGAGCGUCAAGGAGACCAAGCCAGCGAACUUACAUGCUCUUAGCCGAGCCGCGACUGUCGACGACACAAUAUCUGCACUGAACGAGGAAGCGGCAGACCUCAAGCGCAAGCACGGAGCCCCGUCUGUAUACCGCUACUACAUGUAUUCCUCUGGAGUUUUCAAGGUCAUCACGAUGCUUGUCACUGGUGGGCUGUACAUUUUCUGCAGCGAAUUUGGCGUCGUCUGGAUCGAUCUUUGGUCCGCGGCCAACGCCAGGAACCCCGGCCACGCCAACAACGACAUGUAUCUCGGCGUAUAUGCCGGCUUGGGUGUCUUUUCUGGGGUUAUCUUGCUGUUCCUCUGCUGGCUGGUCUUUGUUAACAUGAUAUCUGCGUCUUCGCGAAACCUCCACACCGAUCUCUUGACAGCCGUCAUCCGCGCCUCUCUCCUCUUCUACCAGGAGACGGAUCUCGGCAGCAUCACCAACAGAUUCAGCCAGGACAUGGAGCUGAUUGGCAUCGAGCUUCCCAUUAUCAUUAUCAACUAUCUGGCCUCAUUUUACGAGUGCAUAGCCAAGGUGCUCCUACUGGCCGUAUUUGGGCGCUAUCUCACGGCGUCGCUGCCGAUAUUCCUCGCCGCCAUCUACAUCAUCCAGCGCAUCUACCUGCGCACGUCGCGACAGGUCCGACUCCUUGAUAUCGAAGCCAAGGCUCCGGUUUACCUUCAAUUCCUCGAGUCCAAGAACGGUGCUGCGACGCUGCGAGCGUUUGGGUGGCAGCAGUCGUGUCAGCUGGCCCUACAGGGACUCCUCAACCGCUCGCAGCGACCCGUGUACUUGCUUUUCUGCAUCCAGCAGUGGCUGGCUCUUGUCUUGGAUGCAAUGGUAUCUGCCCUGGUUCUGAUCCUCAUUGCUAUUGUCGUCACCUGGCGCGACAAGUUCUCACCGGGAAGCGUCGGCGUCUCUCUCGUGACCGUCAUGACAUUCAACUCUGCCCUGACUCAGCUGAUUAAAAUGUGGACUUCUUUGGAGACCUCGAUUGGCGCCGUCGGGCGCAUCAAGGACUUCAAGGACAAUACCGUUCCCGAGGAGGAAGUACUGGGCAUCCUGCAGCCAGAGAGCCCUCCGCCAAACUGGCCCAGGGUUGGCAAUAUUGAGUUUAAAAACGUCGUUGCCUCUUACAAGGAAACCGGUCCUUCGGUUCUCAAGGGCUUGACGCUGUCGAUCAAGGCUGGCGAAAAGGUUGCCAUCUGUGGCCGCUCUGGUAGUGGCAAGACGUCGCUCAUUCUAAGCUUGUUGCAUUUGAUUCACCUAAAUGGCAAGUUGGAAAUAGAUGGCGUCGACAUUCACAACCUGGUGCCGAAUGAGCUGCGUGCUCUCAUCAACAUUGUCCCUCAAGAGCCCUUCUUGAUGCCCGGGUCGGUGCGCCAAAACGUCGAUCCAUUCGAGACAGCUAGAGAUGAGGAUAUAAUAGCGGCUCUCAAGCGGCUUGAGCUCUGGGAGCGCAUCGAGGCUGCUGGCGGCAUCAAUUCGGAAAUGCCGCUGACGGCGUGGAGUGUCGGUGAGCGGCAGCUCAUUUGCAUGGCGCGCGCGAUGGUGAGGAGGAGUCCUAUCCUCAUUCUUGAUGAGGCUACAAGCAGGAGCAGCGUUGACCACAAGACGGAGGAAAUCAUGCAACAAGUGCUGGAGACAGAAUUCGCAGGAAAGACGGUGCUUUCCGUCGUUCAUCGUCUGGGAUAUAUCGAGCGCUAUGACAAGGUUGGUGUCUUGCAAAAGGGAGAGUUGAUGGAGUUUGAUGCCCCAGCAACGCUGCUUGCACAGUCGUCGUCGAUUCUGGCGGCGAUGAAGAGGGCGGGAACGCGGCGAGCCUCGUCGGAUAGGGCGAGCAAAAGAAAGGCCCAGCUCCGUCCUGUCCCUCCCCCACCAUCAUCACCAUCACCAUCACCAACCAUCGUGUCGUUUGGCUAUCCGGUCGGCGACCUCAUCGCCGGCGCCAACCUCACCUACAAGCUUGUCCGCAUCAUGUCCGACACGCGCGGCGCAUCGGAUGAGUAUGUACAAGCCAUGUCAGAGGUGUCAGCGAUGCAACAGGCCUUUAUGCAGGUCGGUCAUAUCCGCACCCACAAGCUGCUUCCCCCCGCGACCGUCAACGCCACUUCCCACAUCGUCAUCUCAUCCCUCGACAUCAUCACAGCGUUUCUGAAAAAGACCGAGGGGUAUCACAGCAUGUUGGAGAAUGGUAGCACAGUCAGCGGGUCCCAGGAGCUACUUGAGCUGCGGGACGCGCUGAGGUCGAGACUGAUUGUAACGCCCUUGCUAUCGUCCACGACCACAUACCGUGUUGUCGAUUAUGACACGGAUUCGGCCUCGACAAGCACCGCAGAGCCGAUGCUGGCCAGCGAUGACCGGAGCGACAAGUUGAGCGAAACCGCCAGCUCUUUUAUCAAGAAGCCGACAUCUAUCCAGAGCCUGUGGACCGCGGCCGAUGCCUUGAACAGCAAGAAAAACUGGGCAGAGGCAGAGGCCAUCUAUCUGCAGAUGCUAGAUCUGGACCUGACAGAUUUCCGAUGGAUGCAGAGCAACCUAAAACUGGGACGAGCGCUUCUCGAGCAGCGCAAAUACGAAGAGGCCGAGUCCGUGUUCGAGAGGGCGCUGACCUUUGGGGAGAAAGAGCUCGGCAAGGCACACCUCGACACCAUCAAAGCCCGGGAAGGCCUGGCCGCGACGUUUUUUCGGGCAGAAAAGCUACGAGAAGGCGGAAAGCAUAUACCAAAGCUCCUUCGAAGUAGGAGCCUCGAUCGUCAGGGAAAGUAUGCUGAGGCAGAGGCCCUGUACCGCGACGCCAUCGUAGUGCAGACCCGGGUGUUAGGAGCCGAGCACAAGGUAACCAUCCAGACGAUGAGUCGGCUUGCUUUCACGCUUACUCGGCUGGGUCGGGACGCCGAGGCCGAGGAGCUAACCCGGGAGGCGCUGAAGCUUAGCACCAACGGCUGGGGCCCCAACUACAAGUGGGCGCUGCGGAAGAUUCGCGAUCUGGGCAUGAUAGUUCACAGGCAGAAAAGGUACGAAGAGGCCGAGCACACCUCGCGCCUCGGCGUCGAGCGCAUGGCCGCCCUCCACGGCAGCGUCGUGGAUGAAUGCGGCGACUUCCUCGAACUACUCCACAAUAUAGCUAGAGAUAUCUACGAGCAAGGAGAGCACAGACACGAUGAGUCGGAAGAGCUAUAUCCGCGGGUGUGGGAGAGCGGGAGGAAGUAUCUCGGCGCGGACCACUGGAUCACGCUAGACGGCGUGGGGCGGCUGGGCAGGCUGCUCCUAGACGCCGGCCGGCUCGGGGAGGCACAGCCGAUGCUGAGCGACACGUUGAUGCGUCGGAGGGUGCUGCUGAAAGAGGAAGACCCUCGGCUGCGGGCGAGUGUUAAGGACGAGGCGGAGGUGUGGGAGAAGCUGAAGCUGCGGGAUGGGAUUGGUGGGAGAAGGGGCCUCGCGACGGUGGUGGAGGAGGAUAUGGAGGAGGAUCUAUAUAAUGGCUCGCUAAAAUAUAAUGAUUCGGAUUCGGCGAGGGUGGAGGGUGAAUAG